AUGGCCACAAUUACUAGUUCCUCCAAUUACGGAGGAAAUGUGAACCACGACUACAAAAGGAAUGCCCUACCCGUGAAGGAUUUCGGCAUCAAGAAGCGCUUGUAUGCACAUUGUACAAGUAUCAAUGAAAAACAUCUCUUCCGUACUCCUUAG